AUGGGUAAAUUGCCAUCAUCAUCGUCUUCUUUCGAUCAAACUUCAGGAUUCUUCUCUCUCGCCACACUUUGGAACUGGCUGCAGGAGAACGAGUUCACUUUGAAUUCAAAUUCUUGGCUUUCAGAAUACCUAAGUCCAACCUGGCAAACCAUCUUUUGGAUUAUCUUUAUCUUUGUCCUGAUAAUAGGAACAAUUGCCUUUUGGAAACGAACUUUUCAGUCAAUUCAGAAAAUCAUCCUUUUUAUUAAUUUACUCCUUGUGCUUUACAAGAAAGGCACAGAUCUUUUUCAAGAUAUAUUGUCCAACGAUGGCAGAACAAACUCUUACCCCACUAGUCAAGAUAACAAUAAUAUGUUGGUCACCUUGAGCCUGCAGGAGAAAAUCCUCAAAAAGCUUCAGAUGGUAGAGGGUAAAGUGAAGGACCUGGAAGAUUUGAUCAUGACCUACAAAAGCGGCAGGAGGAAUUGCACAGGGCCCUAUUGUAGCUGCUCAGAUUGUCAGAGCCCCCUGCCCACUUCUGGGUUUACCUCUACUUCGGAAGGAUGA